CUAAAUUUGUACUAUUUCAAAAAUUUGAAAAUCGAUCGAAUGAGCGAGUGCGUUGCGGCCGCAAACACUCAAACGCCCACACUCGAAUUUUCAAAUCCUCUCAACAGUCUAUCGGAGAGAAAAAUGGAACCUCGACACCUCAAGCUCAUCAUUCUUCAAGGCCCUCGAGAAGGCGAAACCCUAGGGUUCGAACCUGGCAAGGCAGUGCGGAUCGGUCGCAUUGUUCGCAACAACACUUUUUCCAUCAAAGACGCCGGCAUUUCCUCCAAUCACCUCUCCAUUUUGGUCGAAUCCGCGAAAUGGGUCCUCCGAGAUCUCGAUUCCUCCAAUGGAACCUUCCUGAACGGCUCCAAAAUCCCUCCCAACAGUCCGUUCGAUCUUUGUCAUGGAGAUACCAUCAAGAUAGGAGAAUUGACCUCUAUCCAGGUAGAUCUACAGGCUCGGGAAGGUAGCUGCUUGCGGCGAAACCCUAGGCGUCAGGCCGCCGCCAAGGCAAGUGGUACAGGACGUGAGAAAUUGGAGCAGGAGGAUGAGAAAUCGGAGGGGAAGAGUUCGGAAACAGUGGUGGUUGAGCCGGUGGAGAAAAAAAGAGGUAGGCCGAGGAGAGGCCGGGGCUUGAAGGGUGAAAUUGAGGAAGAUUUUAGUAAGGUUCAGCUUCAGAGCAUUGAUGAAAAUGUCGAGGUUGGUGACGAAUUGAAGAAUGUGGUUCCUCUACAAGAAAAAGUGGAAGCGCCCGUGAAUAAGCGAGUAACCCGAACUUCGAAGAAGCAGCAGCAGCAACAGAAUGUUAUCGGAACUUCUAACUCUAGCGUAGUGACAAAUACCCUAGACAAUUCUGGUUUGGAGUGCACAGAAGAGAAGAUUGUGGAAAAGAAAACAAGAAGAGUUGGUACUAGGAGGAGGAAGUUACAGGAAGAGCCAUCUCUUUGUGAUCAAGUUGACAUCUCGGAAGAUAUGGUUCAAGAAGCGAGGGACACGGAGGCAAACCUGAAUCCUGGUGGUAAAGAGGGUUUUGAAGAACAUGAGAGCAAAAACUAUUGUUGUAGUAUCAAGGAGGCUUGUAGCAGCAAGAGGGAAGGCGAAGAAGCUUGUUCUUCUCAAGGGAAGAAUUCUAAUGAAAAUGGGGAUUGGCCUGAUUUGGAGAAGUUAACUCUUGGUGAGUGGUUCCAUUUCUUGGAGGUUCACUUGCCAAAACAGAUAAUUGACGCGACCGAAGAGAUGAUUGACUCCAUGAAAGAAAAAGCUGAGAGAGUCCGUGAUUACAUGGUUAAGCAGAGGAAUGACAAGGCUACAUUACCUGUGGGAUAAAAACAUUUCGUGCUUUUGUGGUAGCUAAGCAUUAGCUUAAGUAAGAAGCUUCUUCUGUGUUGAAGUUACAUGUUUCUUUGUAUAUAAUGCCUUAAAUUGUCUCUUGUCUAAUUUGACACUCAUUGCAAACAUUCAAUUAUCUGUUUAUCUGUACUUGGCUAAAUAGCUAGUGAUCUCUUAGUUGAAA